UACAUUUCGAAGAUGAGUACUGAGGGGCGCCUGGUGUGUUGACAGUGAUGGACCUCCUCUAAGUUAGUUACAGUGAUGUUUGAAGUGUGAAGAGACGAUGGAUCGAGACUUGGCGAGUGACAGGUUUAUGGAGUUUGAUGGAGAUGAUGAUGCCUUACUUAUACAGAGAAUUGACUCCAAUGAGAUUAUCUACUGUCCACCAAAAAGAAAGUACAAGUUGGUUGGCAAAUAUGUGAUGGGCGACAAGCUCGGUGAGGGGAGCUACGGAAAGGUAAAAGAAUGCCUGGACUCGGACACCCUUCAGCGGCGAGCAGUCAAGAUUAUGAAACGCAAAACCCUUCGAAGAAUUCCAAACGGCGACCAGAAUGUUCAGCGGGAGAUUAGAUUAUUACGGAGAUUGAAACACCGGAAUGUCAUCAGUUUAUUCCACGUGUACCACAAUGACGAAAAGGGCAAAAUAUACAUGGUAAUGGAGUUCUGUGUCACUGGACUUCAAGAAAUGCUGGACAGAGCCAAAGAUAAGAAAUUUCCAAUCUGGCAAGCACACAUGUAUUUUGUACAGCUGGUGGAGGGGCUGGAAUACCUGCACAGUCGAGGUGUAGUGCACAAAGACAUUAAACCUGGCAAUCUUCUCCUCAGUACCGAUAGCAGUCUAAAGAUUUCAGACUUUGGGGUUGCAGAGCAAUUGGAUGUAACAACAGGCAAUGAUGAGAUCACUACCAGUCAAGGCUCACCCCUCUUCCAGCCUCCAGAGGUGGCUGGGGGAGCUAGAAUGUUUCCAGGGUUUAAGGUGGACGUGUGGAGUGCUGGUUGUACUCUGUUUAACCUUACAAGUGGAAAAUAUCCAUUUGAAGGAGAAAACAUGUUCCGUCUAUUUGAAAACAUUUGUGAGAAGCCUCUAGUUGUACCUGAAGAACUGGACCCAGUGCUCAAAUCUUUGCUGGAGGGCAUGUUGGUGAAGGACCCCUACCAACGCAUGUCACUGGCACAAGUCAAAGUUCAUGACUGGUGUUGCAAGAAGCAUCCAUGCACAGAUGAAGAAGUGUCAGUUGGAGGAGAUGAUGACCGUCACAGCAUAACCAUAGUCCCAUAUUUACGAUAUCAUUAUUAUGAUUCUGAGUCAGAAGAUGAACUAAUCACGGAGCAUGAACUAAAUGCGACAAGGAACCAAGCCGAAAAUCGAUCAGACUUGUCUGCUACAGAUCUUCAAGAGACGCGUGGUGCCCACAACAAGAGGAGGAGACGCAAACCGAUCUCAUGUAUUAGUGUCAAAUCGAUUGCUUCCUGCAAGCAGUCUUGACACUACACAUGUAUACCAUAUUGACGUUGUUAUCCGGCAAGUGUUCAGCACAGACCGGGAUAAGGGGUAAGAAGGGUGCUUGGAGGUGGGUAUGGGGUGGGAGGGAAUUAUCAGCUUUGUACAUUUCAUUUGUGCAUGGAAAUUUUAUCUUGUACUUCAUGAAGUUCAUCACAUCUCAUCGUCAUAUAUUGUCAACCUUCUCUGUGAUUUUAUUCAGAUAGUGGAAGGUAUUGUAAAUACUGUAUUGGCAUUUUGUGUACAGCAUAUAAGGAUGACUUAUGAGUAUUCAGUCAACAAAAUAUAUUAUUCCAAAGCUAUCAAUUAUAUGCGGCCUUGAUGUUUAUCGUUAAAGCUUUCACUUACGACUGAGGUGCCCCAAUUGAGGAUAGAACUGUGGAAUUUAAACAUAGGCAGUGUCUCAUAGAAUAGCCACAGAGAUAGUACUGUAUUGUAAAUUGGGUAUGCUUAGUAGUGAUGGUAACUAAGGCUGUGAACUCUGGCAUUAUAGGUGCAGAUACAAAGACUUCAUAUCGAAGUUGGAAAUCAGUGUCAUAUACAAACUUAUAACUGAUACAUAUAUCCCACAUCUGAGAACACGAUUAGAGAGGAAGAAUCACUCCUCAUUAAUGUGGCUGUUGCAUACAUCACACAUUUUGGUGUUGAACUUGUAGCAGCUGGGCUCAAAAUAUGCCAAAUUAUUCUGCAUGAUUCUUUAGCAGUUUCACAGUGAAGCAAUUGCAUUCUGCUUGCACCAUAAAAUACUUUAACUAUACUGUAGAUCAGUGUAUAAUGUCAUAAAUCACAAAUAUGACGCUGAGAUCUACAUUAUAAUUCAAUUGCCUUUCUUGCACUGUCAUGGGCUGUUGCAGAUAUUUUUUCACUUUUACAAGCCUUUUCCUGCUAUGCUGCAGGAUUUUCAGAAUAAAGAGUAUACAGUCAUUCAUCCUCUCCAGCUGUCAUAACAAGUGUGUCCUGGGAUUGAUAUAAAAGAUAACAAUGCUAAGAGGCUAAGUCUUAUCAAUCUGGGAGGAAUUCUUUCUCUUCAAUUAGGUCUUGUGGAGGGGGUCAUGAGGACAACUUCAGUCACAAUCUAGGUUAGGGUACUUAUGCAGGAGUUACAGCUAUGUGCCAUUACCUAUAUCAUAAUCAAAUUGUCUGCCUAAUGCAUUUAAAUUAGCAGAAAAGUGGGAUUUGUGAUCAAAGGAGAGCACAGGGAUUUAAAAUUUGCUCACUUUAUAUUGUUCCUUUUUGCUAAGCCUUUUCAGCAAAACAAGAAGAUUUUUAUGAAACUUAGUCCAGUAUAUUAAAUGGAUUUUGCAUUUGUGGAAUAAAGUCUGAUAGAGGAAAUACUGUAAUAUUGUCGAUUGUAUCAGUGAGAGGAACUUAAUUGUUGAGAGGGAAAAGAAGCAAGCAGUUGUUGCUUUCACAGAUACAUUAAGUAAAACAUUCAGCCAAAUUUGAGGCCUUAUUCGAGGCUUUUCAUUUCAUUAUGGUAAUUGUGACUUAGGUGCAAGUCAUACUCAUCCAGAGCAUUAGUGUUCAAAUCAUCAUCCCCUUUGCACCUACUUUAUUAUGUAACAGUUUUUUGUUGUAAGCCCCUUUGGCUCUUCGACAUUGACUCAUUCCGCCAGUAUGUAAGGCAUUUUGGGUAAUUCCUAAGAAAUGUACAGCAUUUAUUCUGAAUGGAUUACCUGUGUCUGGAUGUCAGUUAGUGAAAUAACGUCAUGAUGCUCCACAUUUACUGUUAAGGACUCAGGUCAACAUUAGUCAAGUCGUGUCUCCAUGUUGGCACAGGGACUUGAGACGGAACCAAGUUUGGUUCUGAUGUAUAAAAUGGAGACGUUCUCCAAAUAGCUAACGUGACCUGUCACUCUCCUCCCUCUCCCCGCCCUUGGCAGCUACAUGGCAGGCCUGACAGGUCUGUAUGCCAGAUAACCUCCAUUAUAAUGCAUUUAUGUUUGUGAGUGAUGUUAUAUGUUAAUAGUAAGAAAUUUGUUGUACAGUGGUGAACUACUACACAUAAUAAUUAUCUCAGUUAAGCCUGCUGGCAUAAACUUUUUUGCAAUAAAUGAUAUGUAUGUCAUAGUCUCCUGACCGGUGUAGCAAGUUUAGUGCUUGUUUAUUCCAAGAUAUAAUUUUGCAGUAUGCCAUGCAAAUGUAAUUGUUGUUUAUAUUAUUUGUAAUAUUCAAGGAACAAGGUAGCAGUACCUCAUGUAUAUAUUUUUCAAAUGGCUGAGAAUGUGCUUCAGGACCAUUAUCAUUAAAUGCACAGUCAAAAUGGAUUUUAAAGGUGCAGUAAUUUAAAAGAUUCACAUGUUGAAAUAUCUAGUACAUAACAUUUCAAAAUUUUAUCUAUACAUCCAGUUUGCUUUUCAUCAUACAAUACAAAAUAGGCAAGAAUGCUUAGAAGAAAGGCAUCUGGUAUCCAAUGAUAACUAAUAGGUUCAAGUGUUGUGUGCUGUACUAUUUUUUCAGAAUUAAGUGAUGACUGCUACACAAGGAUAAAUCAACUAAUCAGAUAAUGCACAAUGAAAUAAAUGAUCUGUGCACAUAUCUGCUUAGUGAACAGAGUUAAGAUGUAGGGAGCUACAUCUUUGACCAUGGUGAGUAGAUGAUGUGUGAAGUACUUGAUUAAGACAGGCAAAAAAAUAACAACUUGUACAGGAUCACACUGCCCCUUCUAUUGUAACUGUAUCAUCACCAGUGCCAUAUUACUCAUAUGCUUUAUUAAUAAAUAUUGUAUACAAUU